AAUAAAAAUCCACCUUGUCUUCUCGUCUUGCAUCUCCCACUUCUUAUCUUUCUCCAUCUCCAUCUCCAUCUCCAUCUCCUCCCACCUUCUGGUUAUGACUUGUGCUACAACAAUUCUGCCAUUCCAAUUACUAAGCCCUAAAUGCACUACCAUAUCCACCACAAUCUUUCCCCUACCUUCUAAACCCUUCAAAACCCUAAAUUUCUCUCAAUUUUCAUCAUGGGUUUCUCAAAAAUCCAAGGUUUCACCACCCAAAUUACUCCAAUUUGUUGCUCAGACCUCAGAUUGGUCACAACAAGUGACACAAGAAACUGAACCAGUGGAGGAGGAAGAUGAAGCUGUAGAUGCCAUUAACGAAGUGGAAGGAGGAGGAGAAGAAGAAGAAGUAGAGGAGGAGGAAUCGUAUUCAGAGCCACCUGAGGAUGCUAAGAUUUUUGUGGGUAAUUUACCUUAUGAUUAUGACAGUGAGAAUUUGGCUAACCUCUUCAGUUCUGCUGGAGUUGUAGAGAUUGCUGAGGUGAUAUACAAUAGGGAUACUGAACAGAGUAGAGGGUUUGGGUUUGUGACGAUGAGCACAGUGGAAGAAGCUGAGAAAGCUGUGGACAAGUUCAACGGCCAUGAUUUAAGUGGAAGGCUUCUUACUGUAAAUAAAGCUGCACCAAGAGGUUCACAACCAGAAAGACGAGUAGUAGGGACUUCCUUCAAGAUAUACGUGGGUAACCUGGCAUGGCAAGUGGAUAAUGAUCGCCUGGAGCAGGUGUUCAAUGAACACGGAAAAGUGGUGGAUGCAAGGGUCAUCUAUGAUCGUGAAACUGGACGUUCACGUGGGUUUGGUUUUGUAACAAUGGCAAGUGAGACAGAAAUGAAUGAUGCCAUUGCUGCUCUUGAUGGACAGAGUUUGGAUGGGAGGGAAAUUAGGGUUAACAUUGCUGAGGAACGUCCGAAGCGUAGCUUCUUUUGAACUUGAAUGAGAGGGCAAGUAGGGUGAAGGUUGCAGAGGAGCCGCUUCUUCUUUUUCAUUUUUGAAUCAUUCCUUUGACGUUAAUUAGAGUUGAUGUCGGUCAAUAAGAUGUUAUCUUGUUCCAGACUUCUAGCGAUGAUAUGGGCCAUACAUAUGGCACUUCCACAAAAUAAAAAGGCACAAGCACCAGCCUAACCUGGCUCGAGGCAGGUCGGGUUUGGUUUGUUUUAAGUUGGCAGUGGGAAGAAGUCUGAAAUCAUGAUUCAUGAUGGUCUUGACUCAAGUGGGCUGGCUGGGAAAACUAUAAAGUGUAAAAUCCAAAUUUAUUAAGAAGUUUAACGGGUUACUGGAAGCU